CAGCUCAGAGCUGUCCACGUCAACACACCGAGCGAGCGGAGCGACGGCAGCAGCAGCAGCAAUGGAUUCCACGUCUCCGGAACCGUCCCUCUACACAGUUAAAGCAGUUUUUAUUCUCGACAAUGAUGGAAACAGACUUUUGUCAAAGUACUAUGACCCAGAGCUUUACCCCUCCAUGAAGGAGCAGAAAACCUUUGAAAGGAAUGUUUUUAACAAGACACACAAAGCAGACAAUGAAAUAGCUUUUCUGGAAGGCAUGACCAUCGUGUACAAGAGCAGUAUAGAUCUUUUCUUCUACGUUGUGGGAAGUGCUCAGGAAAAUGAGCUCAUGCUGAUGUCAGUACUUAACUGCCUGUUUGACUCCACCAGUCACAUCCUCAGGAAAAAUGUGGAGCGGAGGUGUUUAUUGGAAAACAUGGAAGGAGUGUUUCUUGUUGUGGAUGAAAUCAUUGAUGGGGGGGUGAUUCUGGAGAGUGAUCCACAGCAGGUCCUACAGAAAGUCAACUACAGGGCGGAUGAGAACCCAUUAACUGAACAAAGCGUGGCUCAGGUUUUGCAGUCAGCCAAGGAGCAGAUCAAAUGGUCUAUACUGAAAUGACUGAAAACAAAUCUGAUUUUCCAAAAAGAAUGUUUCCAGUCCCAAAGCUAUUUUACAGGGCCAAACUGAAGGGAUGGAUGUUACUGAAGUGAUGGCCAAUAGGCUGCCUUAGGUGUGUUUUUUGUGACAUUUUUUUUCUAUUGUGUGUGACAAGUAUUUAAUUCAUUUGGGAGUAAACAUAACCCAUAUGUGGAGGUGCCAUUUAGCAAGCCAAAUGACAUUUCUUAUUUUAUUAUCAUAAGUAAUAUGCAGGCAGCUAUCCAGUACCUGAAUUAUCAAAAGAAGUGCAAGAGAUUGGUGGAACAACAUUGUUCUCAGUCCCACCGAACUGAUCGUGGCUUCUGGGUUUCUUUGAAGAGUUAUGCUCCCCCCCCCCCUUUCACAUUGUGUGUGUGUGUGUGUGUGUGUGUGUGUG